AAGAAUUACAGAAAGUGAGUAAAACCCUAACCCCUAACUGGAUUCCCUUCCUUCUCACUCUCGGAAAGACGGUACCGCCACGCCUCCGUUCAGUUUUACAGCAGUUCUCCCUUCUCCUCUCAUCGUUUCAGUUUCUUGGAACUCUCUUUCAUACUGUGUUCAUCUCCUCUUCAUUCGUUACUCUCCUUAUUCUUCAACUUCCACACGCAACAAACAAUGAGGGGAGGGCAAAGCUACGUGUCGUGUCCUCCGUCAUUCUCCAACGACGCCAAUCGUCUUUUAGUAGGCUGCGGAAGCUCCGUAGCUAUAUUCAGUACCGCCACCGCCUUACAGGUUUCAUCAUUAGAAGGUCACACCGCCACCGUCACCUCCGUCGUAGUUGUUCCCGGUUCGAAGAUUCUAUGCUACUGUUGGACUUCUUCCCUCGACGGAACCAUUCGUUAUUGGGACUUCUCACUUCUCGAAUGCAUCAAGAAACUUGAUCUCCAUCUUCCUAUUUUCUCCAUGGUGAUACCAUCAUUAUUAUCCCCACCAGAAGAAAACAGUGGAAAGACGCAUAAUGUAUAUGCUUAUCUGUGUAUGCAAACUGAAAAUGGGAAAGACAAUAAGCCUAAACUUUGUACUGCACAGAUCAGAAAGUGUAACUUGACAAACUAUCACAAGCUUUCCAAACUUACCUUGAAAGAGACUAAACAGCCUGUAUCUUUGACCAUUAGUCCCUCGGGGAAAUUUUUGGGCAUAAAGGAAAAACGCAGACUUCACAUAUGGAAAGUUCCUAAAAUGGACUCUGAUUCUGCUGUUUCAAAGAACCUUACCCUGCAUCAUACAAAGGCCUUUUCAGUUCUUGCAUUCCACCCUACUGAGAGUAUUGUGGCUGCGGGUGAUGUAACUGGAAGAAUUUUAAUUUGGAGAGGAGUUGGUGCUCAGAACUUUCAGGACAGUGGUGAGCUGUUGAAUGGAACAUCAAUGACUGACAAUGAAGUUAAGCCUGGGGUAAGGCAAAAUGAUGAUGCUGAAUCAUGCUCCACAUGGCAUUGGCACUCUGCUGGAGUGAGUCUUUUAUCAUUUUCUUCGGAUGGAGUCUACCUGUAUUCAGGCGGGAAGGAAGGAGUUCUUGUGCUUUGGCAGCUAGACACUGGAAAGAAUACAUUUUUAUCAAGAAUUGGAUCUCCGCUUCGGUAUUUCGUAGAUUCUCCAGAUCCUUCACUUUCCUCGUUAUCUUGUGCAGAUAACCAAAUUCAUUUGUUAAAGCUCUCUUCCAUGGAAAUAAUGAGGUCUAUUUCAGGGAUUAAGCCCUCUUUGUCGUCUCAAGAAAUAUGUGAAAGUCUUUCUAGCAAAGCUGCUUUUGACUGCACUUCUGGUUCAGUGGCUGUACAGACUGAGAAUUAUGGCAUCCAAUUCUACAGCUUGUUUGCCAAUCGUGGACUUUAUGAGGUUCAAGUAUGUGAAAGAAAUUAUCAACCAGUUGACGAGAUCACGGUGGUAGUCACCAUGGUGGAACUGUCUGUUGAUGGUUCUAUGAUGGGUACCGUAGAAGUCAAGCUUCCCGAAGAAGGAAUAGGAGGUCUUAUUUGUUUAAAAUUUUGGGAUUUAGAUUCAGAUACCAAAAGAUUUUCAGUGUCCACCCUUAUUUAUGAACCUCACAGGGAUGCUCAUAUUUCUGCUAUUGCUUUUCAUCCGACCCGUCGUAUGGCCGUCAGUUCAUCUUAUGGUGGAGAUUUUAAGAUAUGGGUCUGUAGGGAAGAUUCUCAGCAGAAAGACCAGACGCCUCAAAAUUUUAGCUGGAUGUGCCAUGCUGUUGGGUCAUAUAAAAAUAAAGCGAUGAGAGCUGCUGCUUUUUCAGCUGAUGGUUCCGUGCUUGCUGUUGCAGCAGACACUGUUAUUACAUUGUGGGAUCCUGACAGAAAUGAACUAAUUGCUGUUGUAGGAGAAACACCAUCACCAAUUGUGAGACUCAUCUUUGUUGGAAAGUCAGAGUAUCUUCUUUCUGUAUCUCACGGUUCUACACCUCAGUUGAUUGUUUGGAGUAUGUCAAAGUUAGCUGCAUCUUGGUCAUACAGACUUGAAAUAGAAGCUGUUUCCUGUACAUUAGAUUUAUCAUAUUUUGCUAUCAUUGCUCUGCUUCCCAAAUCAAAUGAACAUAUGUUUAGAGGUGAUGGAAUAAUCUUAGUAUUCAACGCAACAGAUCCUAUUCCCGUGGCUUCCUGGUCUGUAACGAAGGCCAAGGGAGGGAAUAUUGCUUUUCUUAAAGGAAAUACGUCAGACCUACCAGAUGGAAAACCAUCACAAACACUGCUUGCAUAUAUAAAUGGAGAUCGCGAAUAUGUCCUCUUUGAUCCAUAUGAUAAAGAAGCCCGUGAGGUUAAUAUGACUAGGCAGGAUGAUCUUGCUGCACUUGAAGAAACAGGACAAUUCGGAUAUGCAUCAAUUUAUGGAGAGUUACCCAUGUUUGAUUUAAAAAGGAACAAGGCUUCAUCCAUUUUCUCUUCUGCAUCAAAUAGGCCUUGGGAAACCAUAUUUAGUGGACCAUCACAUAAGUUGCCAUCCCUCACCAAAUUGUGUUCUGAAUUUUUGGAGUCUCUGUUGGAGAAAAGGACAUCAAUUGUAGAAUGACGUACUACAUGCAUGGAUCUCUUUUUUGUGGGAUAUUUGUUUCUUUGGUACCACUUACAAUUAAUUCAACAGAGCUGGAGUUAUAAAGGAUUGUGUUUGAAGUUGAGGUAGUUAUUUGUUCCUAAUGAGACAGGUGUAAACACUCCCUACUAGUCGAUGCAGGUUGGCAUGGAUCUGGAUGGGAACUGUUCAUCUGGUUAACUUAAGCAGAAGGAGAUUGGACAACUAAAGAUUUCAGCUUUAAAUGGUUGGUUAGAAUGCCUAGUGUACCAGAGAGGUCCCCCACCCCAAAAGAUUUUGUUAUGCUAGUUAUUUUUAAGUUAUAUAUAUUCUUUAGUUAUCCCUUGGGGGAAAUUUUGACAGUAACAAAUGUGGUUCACUUCAGAGUCUUGUAGGCUUGUCACUUGUGAUACUGUGAAUGAGUUUAAAUAGUUAGUUUGGGAAUGUUAUGAAAGAUACAGUUCAUGUAACAGUAUAAUGAAUUGUGAUUUAUAUGGCUAUUAAUUGUUUUCUGCAUUCUA